AAGAUAUCCCCCCCGGUCAUGGUUUAUUGUGGAAAACCCAGCAGAGGCUGUGGUCAGUGUCGGGCCCGCAAGGUCCGAUGUGAUCAGGCCCAACCGGCUUGUUCGCAGUGCUUGAGGGCCAAGCGGGAAUGCCCCGGCUAUCGCGACCAGUUAUCGUUAAUGUUCCGCGAUGAAAGCAAAUCAGUGGUGAGGAAGGCAAAAGCGGAGGCAAAGUCGACUUCACCUCCGGCCAAGGCCACCAAAUCGAAACAGACAACCCAAUCGACUCGCACUGAUACCCCGGAGGGGCAACGUACAGCAUCCCUAAAUUGGAAUCCUUCGCCCCCGGCUAACCUUCCGGGGCCGGAUUUCCCGUUCAACUUCAACUUGGCUCCACAGUAUAUUAUGCCCGAUGCAUGGGUUAUUCCCAUGGAGGUUCAACCUGCAGCCCCGACUAAGGAGGAUGCUAUCUGUUAUUUCAUGCGCUCCCAUGCUUUCCCGGGCGCAUUUUGGAAUACCGAGAUGAUGUCCAAAUUCCUGAUGCAGUCUGGUGGACCCACAAGUCAGAGUGCCAUGCAAGCCAGUAUGGGCGCCGUGGCUUCUGCCAUGUUGUGCCGUGUUAAAAAGGUCACGUCGCUUAUGGAGGUGGCACGAAAGGAGUAUGUCUCGGCACUAACACUGCUAAAUGACGCACUGGCCAACCCAGAAGAGGCCAAGUCCAAUCAAGCGCUCGGAGCGGUCGUAUUGCUCGCCAUAUACGAAGUUGUCACUUCGAGAGCCCCGCAGGAUAUUGAUCUUUGGACUAACCAUAUAAACGGAGCGAUGGCCCUCCUGGAGAUGCGCGGUCCCGAUCAACUCAAUACUGAAACUGGCCUUCGUCUUUUUAUGCACUUGCGGUAUCAAAUUGUCCGUCUCUCCCUUCAAUCCGCCUUCUUGAUCAUCAGCUGUAUGCAACGAGACGUCCGAGUCCCCGAGUCUCUCUUGGAGAGCUCGCGGUAUAUCCUAGACCUCCGCCCGAGCGAGGCCUAUAGUAACCGAUUAAUCAUUAUCAUCGGUCGGCUCUCCAACUUACGGGCCGACGUUAUCGCACGCAAAAUAACAGAUGACCAACAAAUUAUUGCGGGCGCCUCGGCCAUCGAAGCCGAUCUAAUCGCUUGGCUCGCCGGCUUGCCCCCAGUGUUCUCCUACGAAAUCCGCGUGAAAGAUCGUUUCGACUUUCAGUUCCAACAAAAGUGUCGGGGUUUGGCUCUAUACGACGACCAGUAUCAUAUAUACCCCACUCUCUGGUCUUGCAACUCAUGGAAUCAAUACCGCUGUGCCCGCAUCAUCGUUAGUGAAAUGAUCUUGACCCACAUUCGACAAAUGUCCGAUUCCGCCUCGAUGAGGUCCCUCUCGGAGGAGUUCCGACAGCAAUGCCACUCCCUCCGGGCCACCAUUCGUCGCCUUGCGAUUGACAUUUGCCGGAGCGUGCCCUACUGCCUAGGUGUACACCAUCAUGAAUCGGAUCCAAACCUUCCACCACCAGAUAGUUAUCUUGGUGGACUAGUUCUUCUGUGGCCAAUGUACUUGGCCGGUACCGCUGAGAAUCCAACCCACCCGCUUCGCCGGUGGGUAGUGCAGUGCCUACGUAUGAUCGGCCACACCUUUGGCUUGGAUCAAGCCCUAGCGCUGAUGGACAUUGUUGCCGCGGAUCCGGGAAUUCUGAGUACUGUGACUGAAGAAGGCCAAGGUCGCAUCACCGAGGAGUCUUCCUCGGGCAUGUCAACCUCGCAAACUCCCUUGGAAUUGGAUAAUUUUUCCCUCCAUCAGUCACCCGGGUUAAUGGAAAGCUUCUGA